UCUGUAGUAGGUGAGGGACACAUUGCAAUGAAUAUUUGUAAUUGUGGUGGAUAGAGACCCUGUGGCAAAGUACCCCCUGACCUGCAGGACCAGGAGAGAUCCACUGUGAGUCUGAGGUGAUAAAGAAUUCCGGCUUUCUGAUACCUCCAGUUCCAUCAGGGAGUUCACUCCGGCUGAUUUUGUGUCCCACCCUGGUCCCUGUGGCCUCUCCCCUCUAUGGCCCCCCUGGCUCAGACUCUGGCACUGCUGGCAAUGGCCGUGGCCGCUACAGCUCUCGACGUGGUGACCCUGGACAUGGCCCAGGACUCCUUCGAUGACCAGUACCAGGGCUGCAGCCCUGCCAUGACCGCGGCAUUGCCGGCCCUCAACUGCUCCGAGUUCCAGCAGAACCCUCUCUUUGCCCAGGCCUGGCGUAAUGCCACAGCCGAGUGGCAGAGUCGGGGGUCCCCUGUGUCCCCGCUGUCGUCCUCAGCCCAGGCCAUCGCCCUCAUGGCCUACACAAUGGAUGACCUGUACAAGGAGUUCAAUGAGGCCGUGCGCACAGCUGGGCGCUCCAGCCAGGAAUACCAGGAGAACUUCCACUUCAAAACACUGCAUUUCCUGCUGACCGAUGCCCUGGUGACACUGAGGGACACUCAGGGACCACAGUGUCACAACGUGUACCGAGGGGUGGACGGGGUCAGGUUCAAGGCAGAGCGCGGUGAUGUUGUCCGGUUCGGUCAUUUCACGUUGGCGUCACGGAGCGAAACAACUGCCAUGGUAUUUGGGAAUGCCACAGUGUUCCGGAUGCACACGUGCCACAGCAUGGGAAUCUGGGAAUUCUCCAAGUAUCCUGACAAGAAGGAGGUGCUGAUCCCACCCUUUGACACCUUUGUGGUCGUCAAUGUCAGCCAGGAAGGAGAGAGUGCGUGGAUCCAGCUCCACUCCACCAGGAUCUUCAGCAACUACAACUGCGAGUGGCUGCAAGGCACCCAUUCUGGGUGGGGGGACAAGGACACCCACGGCUGGGGACAAGGACAGGGAAACACAGGGCUGAGGACACUCACUGGACGUGGUGGGAGCAUCCCCAGGGCUUCCUUCCACUGCGGAGGACUCCUCCUGGCCACCACAGCCCUGGCAGUGGCCACCGGGAUCCUCUGAGCCACGAGACCACCAUGGCCUCCAAGGUAACUGUGGUUCCUGUGGCAACCAUGGCCACCAUGGCACCAAGGUCACUGUAGUCACUGUGGCCACUUUGAUCACCAAGACCACCAGGACCUCCAGAGAAAUGAGGCCACCAAGGCUGCCAAGGCCAUCACAGCCACUGUGGCCACCUUGGCAGCUACUGCCACCAUGAGGUCACUGGGGCCACCACUGUCACUGUCACACUGCAGACACCACAGCCACUCUGGCCACCAUGGUCACAAAAGUCACCAUGGCCACUGUGGCCACCAUGGUCACCUAGAAAUCCCACAGCCACAAGGCUACCACAGCCACCACGUCUACCAAUACCAUUUUGCAAAGCAAUUGUAUUAAAUAUUUCAAUCAAAACAAAUCCAUUCAAUAAAUCUGACAAAGCCGGCAAAAAGUGACAGUUCUUAAG